AUGUCCGUCAAAGUGGCCAUAGUAGGCGCAGGCAUCAUCGGCCCCCGCCAUGCCGAAUCCGUGAUCUCGAACCCAUCUACAGAGCUAGUUGGUCUCGUAGAUCCCGCCCCAACAGGCGCCGCAACCGCCGCCGAACUCAAGACAAACUACUUCCCCACUGUAGCAGCACUUCUAUCUUCCCCACACAAACCAGACGCCGCAAUCGUCUGCACACCAAACAAAACCCACGUCCCCAUCGCAGAGGAGCUCCUAGCCGCCGGUGUCCACGUUCUCCUCGAGAAACCCGUCAGUGACAGCGUAGAGACAGGCCGGAGUCUUCUAGAAUUCGCCCAGGCACCAGAACGCACACAUAUCAAGCUCUUAGUCGGCCACCACCGUCGCUUCAACCCCUACGUACGCGCAACCAAAUCCAUCCUCGACUCCGGAUCCCUGGGCCGUACAAUUGCCAUCAACGGCCUCUGGACGAUCUGCAAACCCGCCUCAUACUUCGCUCCACCGGGGGACUGGCGCGCAUCCAGGGAUCGAGGCGGUGGCGUGAUCUCUAUUAAUCUCGUGCAUGAUAUCGAUCUCAUGCACCACUUUUUUGGUCCCAUUGUGCGGGUCCAGGCUGAAAGGACUCUUCCGCAGCGACCGAGUCCACCGCACGACGCGGAUGAAGGCGCUGCGUUGACGCUUCGCUUUGCGUCGGGUGUGGUGGGUACGUUCAUUGUCUGUGAUGCUACGCCUUCGCCGCAUAAUUUUGAGACCGGGACUGGGGAGAAUCCCAUGAUUGCGAAGUCGCCGGUGGCUGGUGGGGCGGAUUUCUAUCGCAUUUUUGGAUCCGAGGCAUCGCUUAGUGUGCCGGAUCUUACUCGGUGGAGUUAUGAUGGACGGCUUGAGAAGAGCUGGUCUCAGACUUUGAAUGUUGAGAAGAUUCCAUUGCCGGAUGAGUCUGCACCGUUUGAUCUGCAGCUGGCGCAUUUUGUGGAUGUUGUUCGGGGUGAUGCGGAGCCUAGUUGCUCUGGAGAGGAGGGGUUGAGGGCUUUGAUUGUUUGUGAGGCUAUUCAGAAGGCGAUGCAGACGGGUCAGCCUGUUGAGAUUGCGGUUGAUUUGUUGGCAUAG